ACUAACAUCAGCCAGUUUCUAACAAACACUUGCAAAUAAACAUGCUUAGAGGACUGCACAGAUUUGAUCAAGCUGUGCAGACUUAUAAUAAGAUAUUUUCCUCUGUUUUAUUCAUCUGUAUCUCUUUCUGGAAAUUCCAUAUAGCUACGUUGGCACUGAUUUUUGUCUGAGGAGACCAUCCCAAAAUGACCAAAACCGUCAAUUCUGAUACUGCAGAUUUUCCUGAGUUUGCCUGUCUCUGUGAACUUUGUGACUGUGGUCGUCAUAAGCAUCACAAGGGCUGUAAGAAGCGGAAUGCAUCUAUCCAACAGUGUCCCAUUAAUAAGGAAUGCCUUUUAACACAUUACAAGUCAACCUUCAUCAACCCACAAAAUGUCCACCCUCGUAGCAGCAAGAGACCACUACGCACACCUCCACAUCCCAGGCACCCACCUAUGAAGUUUGAAACCACCCAGCGCCGAGAAUUCAUCCCAAGGGAACCACAAGAGAGAACAAAACCGUUUAUAAGGAAAGAGUAUUACGAGCCAUCCAAGGAACCAUUUGAAAGUGAGACAGCCUAUAACAUACACUUCCCAGCUAAACAACCUAUAGAGACCAUUGCUGUGCGUCCAGUCACCAGUCUCAAACCUAGUCAUCUAAAAUUUAAUGACAGCACCAGUAACAAAGAGUUCUUCAAAAACUGGAAACCAGACCCACUGAUAAGAUAUGGAGAGGCAGCACAGGUCAUGGCAGGUGCACUGUUGUUUCCUGAUCAGCCCAGUGAGAUGAAGACAACAAAUCAGGUGGAAUUUGUUGAAAAGCUUGCAGCAAAACCAGAGCUCAUAAAAAAUGUCCAGUGCCAUCUGACAAUUGAAGGUGAUCAUGAAAUGAUGACAACUCACCAGACUAUGUUUCAACCCUUACCUCUGGGAAAACCAGCACUGCGCAGAAUUCAGCCAGUAGACAGAGGACCUGUGAUGAAACGAGCUCACAUGGAGACUAUCACAAAGUACCAGAGUGACUUUCCAGGAUACAGAUCAUUACCUGAGAGGAACCAUCUAGUUCCACCACCUAUGGACAACCUAGGAGUUAACCACAGCCUGAAUGCAGAUUUCUCUACAGUACAGAGGGAAACAUUUAAAGGCUGGGAUGCAGCUAAGCACAGACGUCCAGAUCCUAUCACACUCAAGGAAGAGUUAUCUGAGAUGGAGAAAAACAGAGAAGGAAAGUUUGACGGAGACACUGUAACCAAGAUUUCAUAUCCACCAUUGCAAUUAAGCAGACUUCAGCUGGAUCCUAUAAAAAGAUCAUCUGCUGUGCUGAAACCCCACAGUGGGAAAUUUGAAGAUUCUACAGCCAAUAAAUUCUUUUUCAAAGACUGGGGAGCUCAGCCAAGAGUUCGCCAUGGGGAUCCCAGUGAUGGUGUUUAUGUCCGCCCUCUGGGCAGAUUUGAAAGCAUAACCACAACUCGGAGCACAUUUGUUCCAAAGAAAGCUGAAAUGGUGCAAAAUUGUAAGCCACCGCAUAAGCCUGUAGAAGCAGAAGGAGAACAUGAAUUCAUCACGGUCCAGCAGGAAUCAUACAGGCCUAUCGCUUUUCCAGUAUGUCGCCUGCAGACUUACCUUCAGCAGCAAGCUUUAAAAAAAAAUGUAGAAGACGACCUAAACCUUGCUGCAGCAUGAGAGUUGGCCAUCAGAUUAUACAAUUCAGAGAACUACUUCAGACUCUAAGACAAAAGAGUAAACCAAACUAUGCAGUGUAACCAUUACUUAAGUUGCAUGGCUUAUCAAUCCUCUCCUUAGAUUCUUCAAGCAUGUUUUACUAAAUCAUAGCAUAAAUAUGGGAAAAAAAUUAGAUUUUUAUUGAUAAAAAUAAAACCUAACCAUUGGUAUAUCAA